UGCCAACAUGCCCAAGCAGGUGGAAGUGCGGAUGCACGACAGCCACCUCAGCUCUGAGGAGCCGAAGCCACGGCAUCUGGGGCUGCGCCUGUGUGACAAGCUGGGGAAGAACCUGCUGCUCACGCUGACUGUGUUUGGUCUUGAAGAGGUAUGUUUUCACCUGUUGGAGGAAGUAAAGCAGAUCAGGCUUUAGGCCACAUUACUCUGCUCGCCUCCCUGGAGCCAACACCACAACCCAUAUGCCCAAGAGCCCACUCCCCUCUUACAGCCAGUGGUGCUGUGACCUGAUUUGUGGUUUCUGCGAGGAUUGUUUAUGUUGGCCCCUGUUUGGAGAGAUCCGGAGUUUGUCUUGCGGAAUCCCCGAGCAUGCGAAGUGAAAGGCUCCUGCCAGCAUCUCUGCUCAAAUUGUUUCCUCCCAAAGGGUAUAUUUUUUAGAGACCUUCCUUGAUGUUCUGUAAGAUCAGCAAGUCUAAAGCGUAUCAAAGAGGACAUGGAAAUCAAGGACAAAACUUCCAAAGAGUGAGCCAUGGGGAAAUUAUCAGAAGCUAAAGAAGCUAGAAGAAAAACGGAAGCUCAUACCAGCUCAAUCAUCAACUGUUCCCUUUAUUUGGUAACCAGUUGAAAAGAGAGUAAAUACUGUAAACACCAGGCCAGUUGCUAGGCCUGGGCUGGAAGGAGAAACAAUCUGGCUCUUUGGCUUAUUUCUAUGGAUCUUCUCUGACUCUACAAAUGGGCGAUACCCUCAAAUACGCAGGAGUCAAGUUGCCAUGUCAUACUUGCUGUAAAGCCUGAUAAGGCUCCCCUUGAUUCUUCCAGUAGUGCCUUUUAGGAGUUGGAAGUACAAAAUAUUUUCUCACAAGUAAUUAAAACCAACUUCACUUAUAUCUUGGUAAUUGUGUUGCAUGUUAUUCAUCUUCUGAUAAUGGAGAAGUAUAAAAAAUGGCGUCAUCCUGGGGGCAGUAUGUGGAGGGCUUCUUCGCUUGGCAUCUCCUAUCCACCCCGAUGUGGUUAUGUUAAUAGCCUUCCCAGGGGAUAUACUCAUGAGGAUGCUAAAAAUGCUAAUUCUUCCUCUAAUCAUCUCCAGUUUAAUCACAGGGUUGUCAGGCCUGGAUGCUAAAGCCAGUGGGCGCUUAGGCACCAGGGCCAUGGUGUAUUACAUGUCCACGACCAUCAUUGCCGCCGUGCUGGGGGUCAUCCUGGUCUUGGCUAUCCACCCAGGGAACCCCAAACUCAAGAAGCAGCUGGGGCCUGGGAAGAAGAAUGAUGAAGUGUCCAGCCUGGAUGCCUUCCUGGACCUUGUUCGAAAUCUCUUCCCUGAAAACCUUGUCCAAGCCUGUUUUCAACAGAUUCAAACUGUAACGAAGAAAGUCCUGGUGGAACCUCAGUCAGACGAGGAGGGCAAUGCCACCAAUGUUGUCAUGUCCCUGUUGAACGAGACUGUGACAGAGGCACCUGAGGAAACGAACGUGGUUAUCAAGAAAGGCCUGGAGUUCAAAGAUGGCAUGAAUGUCUUAGGUCUGAUAGGGUUUUUCAUCGCCUUUGGCAUCGCCAUGGGGAAGAUGGGAGAGCAGGCCAAGCUGAUGGUGGAGUUCUUCAACAUUUUGAAUGAGAUCGUAAUGAAGUUAGUGAUCAUGAUCAUGUGGUACUCUCCCCUGGGUAUUGCCUGCCUAAUUUGUGGAAAGAUCAUUGCCAUCAAGGACUUAGAAGUGGUUGCUAGGCAACUGGGGAUGUACAUGAUCACGGUGAUUGUGGGCCUCAUCAUCCAUGGGGGCAUCUUUCUCCCCUUGAUUUACUUUCUAGUGACCAGGAAAAACCCUUUCUCCUUUUUUGCUGGCAUUUUCCAAGCAUGGAUCACUGCCCUGGGUACCGCUUCCAGUGCCGGAACUUUGCCUGUCACCUUUCGUUGCCUGGAAGAAAAUCUGGGGAUUGAUAAGCGUGUGACCAGAUUUGUCCUCCCAGUCGGUGCAACCAUCAACAUGGAUGGGACGGCCCUUUACGAAGCGGUGGCCGCCAUCUUUAUUGCCCAAAUGAACGGUGUUGUCCUGGAUGGAGGCCAGAUUGUGACUGUGAGCCUCACGGCCACGCUGGCGAGCGUAGGCGCAGCCAGUAUCCCCAGUGCCGGCCUAGUCACCAUGCUCCUCAUUCUGACGGCUGUGGGCCUGCCAACGGAGGACAUCAGUCUGCUGGUGGCUGUGGACUGGCUGCUGGACAGGAUGAGAACAUCAGUCAAUGUUGUGGGUGACUCUUUUGGGGCUGGGAUUGUCUAUCACCUCUCCAAGUCUGAGCUGGAUACCAUUGACUCCCAGCACCGAGUGCAUGAAGAUAUUGAAAUGACCAAGACUCAGUCCAUUUAUGAUGACAUGAAGAACCAUAGGGAAAGCAACUCUAACCAGUGUGUCUAUGCUGCCCACAACUCUGUCAUAGUAGAUGAGUGCAAGGUAACUCUGGCAGCCAAUGGAAAGUCAGCUGACUGCAGUGUUGAGGACGAACCUUGGAAACGUGAAAAAUAAGGAUCUGACUCUCAGCAAAUUCUUGAAUAAAGCCCCCAGCAUAUCUUAUGGUAAAAGAGGAUAUAAGCAAGCUUUCUUUAAAAAGGAAAAAAUAAUACAUAUAUUUCUAUAUUUAUCUAAUCUGUUAGCUGAGGCUUAGAGGAUCUGUUGUAAGCCAGUGAUAGGCACAGUGCUCUGUUUUUGCCAAAUAAUGCUUUGUAACCAUUUAUUUUCUCACUUGUAUUAUUGUUUGAAUGGAUGCUGUUGGAGGAACCAGCUUGAAUCGAAGACACCUUCUUGCCAGCUUCCCUUUUCUUUCAAAGUGCAGAACCGUGAAUGCUCUUUUCCCAGAGGACAGGAACAAUGCAGUGUGGUACACUCCAGGGCCUGGGCAUGAUGAGCAGACGUGCGGUGUGUUAGGCCUUCAAGUGUUCUCCACGCUUUGCCUUGUUAUGCACAAGAGAUUCUGUUAGAAGCCUCUAGAAGUAAUUAUCUUUAGAUGUCUUAUAGAGUUUGCCCAUGUGUUGAUUAAAAGCAAGUACCUGUCUUAGGGAACUUAGACAAUUUGUGUUCUGUCUACUCCAUAAGCUCAGUGUUUCCAAGAGAGUUGCACUGGGAGCCAUACUCUUAAAGGUCACUGAUUAUGGAAGCCACUGAGUGUCUGCUCUACCCAAUCUAGAUGGAGGAAAAAUUAUUGAAGUUGCAAAGUGUGUUUCAUAAUUUGCUCUAAAUGUGAUAAUGGAUUAAGAUGUAAUUUGCGUAUACCCACUGUAUAUACUGACAAUAGUCAGGAAGCACAGUCAACAUAAAUUUUAACCAGAUUCAAAUACAAAGUCUUUUAUGUUUGGUUUGUAUCCACCCAACAUAGUGAAACCAACAGAGAUUAUUUGAUCUAUGCUUCACUUUAUUUGUUUCACCCAUAAAAUUCUUGUUUAGGUUUCUAGUGAAAAAGACAAUUUUAAUCCCCAAAUUAUUUCAAUCAUAUUCUCAUCAAACUAGAAAACCUAAUCAUUACAUUCUCCUAAUAUGUGGAGAACAGUUGUGUUGGCUGUGCCUCUUUGAAUAUCAUCUCUUGAUAUAAACAAAACAUUGUCAUUUAUCUAACAUGUAGAAAGCUUUUCGUUAUAUUAUAUCAAAGCACAUAAAGGCAGCUACAGGACACAGUUGGAAGCAGAGCCAAUCUUCCUCCCCAGUCUUCUCUGUGGAACAGAACAGAAAACAAAGUGCAAAACCCUAUAAAGGUGGAAAACCCUAUAAAGGUAAAAUCAGGGCAGCCAUGAGCCAUGAUGCGGGAACAAGGAUGGCUCUACACAACAUCACAGAUGGAGUCUUUUCAAGGCUAUGAAAGUCUAAGGGAAUAAAUACUGGAACCGGCGUAGCACAGUGCCAUGUAUGCUGCAGGCACCCAACGGAUCCUAAUUUUUCAACAAGCUAAAUUUUUCAUAUGUCUCUACUAACAUUUUCUCUUGAAUAACCCACAGCAUUUUCCUAGGAUUGCUGGCUUUGGGAAUUUGCUGAGGAUUUGAACAUGAAUCAUUGAGAAAUAAGCAUAUUUGACCCUAAGGAGUAUGCAGAAUCUUGGCCCGCGGCGUGGGAGUACAGUGGUCAUCUGAGGCCAACUGAUGGAGGCUGAGAUAUUCAUGAAUAGUCAUUGGGUCCAAAUUCUCUAGAGAGAGGGUGUUUAUGGACAUCACAUACACUUUAUUACCUAUUCCUGAUGACUUUUUGCUUUCAAUCAGACACCUUUGGAACAUACAAGAGACAUGAGGUUUUGACUGUUUUUCUUUUAAACCCUAGAUAUUUUGUAUAAGGAUUACUAUUGAGCAGUAUUAAGCAAACUUUUGCUUUUUAAAAAUGUCAUUGGUCUUCAUUUUCAUCAGAUAGAUAAUUAACAGGAUGGCCGAGGAUGUGCUGGAAUGUAAUAGUGGAAAAUGCAUCCUUUAUAGCAGACGUUGUGGGUCAAGGGGCAAGUUUCCAGAUUUAGCUGUGAAACUGUUAAGGAUUAUCUUUAAGUGGUGCUCCCAAGAGCUUUUUUUUCAUGAGGAGAAGGAUCUAGGCAAGGCGUAUAGGAGCUUGUGGGUUUUGCUGUUUAAAUCCAGUUUAGCAUGUGUGCACACUAACAUGUUUCUCCAAGGACUGGUCUCAGAAUUGUCUUCCCAAGACUCUGCCUAAAUGUCUUCCUGGCUUGCUUUGACUUUGCUUUUUCUUUGUUAUCCAGUUAGCCUAUAAACAUACCAGGGGACAAAGUGUUCGUAAGAAACAAGGUGCACAGCUUAACAAAGCAGGUUUUUCUGGUUUGAGACUGGAUGCAAGAAGUUUCAGGAGAAUAUACUCAGGAAAUCACAUUUUUCUGAAAUUCAACAAGUCAUAUUAAAAAUAAACAAUUUCUCAAAUUCAGGAUUAACCCAAAAAUCCAGGAUGUAUGUAGAGCUGGCAUAUGAUUGUGUCCUCUGUUUCUUUUAGGCCUCAUUUAUGCUUCUCAUGCCAUGCCCAUUGGGGUUUUUCUCGCCCAGAAUAUGUGCCAUAAACAGAACAAAUAGAUGCUGAGUAUACUUCUAACAACCUUUUUCUAAGUAGGGUAUGUAUAACCUGUCAGUUAUAUGCAUAGAUUUAUAUUGGUAGAUCCAAGACAGAUAUGAAUGCUUAUAAAAUCUCAUUAAUAUUUGAUGAUCCAUAAAUGUCACAUUUAUAUACAGACACAGCAGGCCGGAUACACUACUGCAUCAUGUAAAGUCUGUAAGUCAGGGCUUUGGCAAGACCAUUUUGUAGCCUCAUUCACUUUUUUUAAGAAUCAGAAUCAUUUCAAGAGAAAACCAACCAAGUAGACUUUAAUCCUUCCCUUUCUCAUUUCUGUCCUUGGAAACCCUGGAAUCAUCAUUUGAUUACCUACUGUAAUCCAAUUACUCAAAUCCUAUCAGUGAGAAAAAGGUUCAUCUCCCAAAGCAAGGCUUUGCCUUAGAUCUUUGAGGACAUGCCCCCCAUGCAGUGAGCAUCAGUGAAGCAAGGCAACCAUCUAGAUCACACAGAUCCUCAAUAUAGGACUUCUGGUGCUGAGAUCUGAAGCAAGUAGAUGUCAGAUUUAAUUCUCUACUUCCUACUGGGUGUGGAAACACAGUCUUAUUGCUUACAGAAGUUACCAUGUUCCUUAAGAGACAAAUACUUCAACUACUGAUCAGCCGACAGAGAGUGCCAAAAUGCCUACCUCCUGGACUUAGAUCUGUGGACGCUGAGAAAGGCUCAGGGGAAAUUCAGUUUAUGGGGGGAUGUACUCCUGGUAGAUAAUCUCAGGAAUCCCAAUGACAUGUUGAACAGAGGGUCUCAGGUCAUUUCCACUCGUGCAUUGAGAUGUGUGUAAUUUGCAAGUAUGUCUAGUCAAGAAGCCCUGUGGAGUUGGGUAACUCAUCUACUGCACCCCUAAAAGGAAACCCAAUCCUGCCGUGGUUUUGCAAAUACCACUGCUUGCAAUAGCAAAAGUUAUGGUAUCAUAUUUCACUUUUGUUAGGAUCAAGGUUUUUUUUUUCUGUACUAUGUUUUCCCAUGAAAUACAGCAGUAAAUAGGUAUGCAUGCGCUCAGUGAGAAUUCUCCAUAGUUUGGACUGUUGAUGAACAAGUCUCAGCAGCCCUUGCCUGGUCUGAUGACUAAAAGUGCUCAGCAGUCACACCCAGUGGCUUUCCCACUCUGCUGCUCUUUCCCUCUUGGGGCCAUAAAGUUGUCUGGGUUGCUGGUUUUGUUUUGCUUAUUCUUAACUGAAUUCAUUCCAAAACAAGGAAAAGGACCAAAUGGGAUUUUUCAGUUAUUAUAACACUUGCUCUUUGGAUAAGAAUAUUAGAGAUUGGGAACCUCAAAAGAUUAAGUUUAAGCAAAGGGCCUGAAGGAAUUCUGAAGAGAGAGUCAGACAUCUGGUUGUUGGAGAAGAUUAACGGCCUCAGUAUCCGUGGUGAUUCUGGCUACAAUCUAGAAGGGCCGCUGAGGGCCAACCCAGACAGGUUGCGCUCUAGGCAGAUUGUUCUCCUUGGGUGAAGUGAAGUCAGAACUGCUCAUGCAACAGUUGCUUCUGAUUUUCCCCAAAGGAAAACCCAGCUUCAUAUUCUUCCCCUCCUUUCUUCUUAUGCCACUUAUCAUUGUUGCUGCUUAAAAGAAAAUUUAGUAACCAUAUGAGUUAGGACAAGGGUUGGUCUUAGAAUAGAUGGCAUGGAAUUGUAAUUGAAUAGUAUUUCAUUUCAUAGUGUAACAGAGCUAAUUCAGGUAAUGACGUAUAAAUGAUGAGAACUAACACAAUUGGAUAAAGGAAACAUUUGACUUAGACCCUGCCAAUUUUUACCUGAAUAACUUAUUCAAGUCAUUUUAUGCCAAGCCUUAUUCCUUUCCAUAUGCAAAAUGAGGGGAUUGGAUUAAAAAUCCCCUUCCAGCCCCAAGAAUCCAUUAUAUGAUCUCUGCUUAAUUUCUUCUUUGAUAAGAUGCUUACUAAUACAAAUUAUUAUCUUCACUAUAUCUUCAGUCAGAGGGGCCCACAGUAAUCAAUAAUCAAUUUACAUUUUUCUCAUCCCCUUUGGGGAAAGUCAAAUGCAAGCCUCUCUCCACUUGGUAUUUUACAACAGGCUUGGAAGAUAGCCAUGUUAAUCCACAGUUUGGUGUUUUGGAAUAAAAACAGACAUCCUAUUAUAAAACUGCCCUUUCCCUAACUCACUGUCCUAGUAGAAGUAGCGAUUCAACUCAAGAGAAAAAUGCUACCAGAGUCACCAGGAGGGUCUGGAUAAGUCCCCAACCCCCCUCAAGGUUUUGCAUCACCCCUGCUAUAGCAACAGAGCUCACUCUGAAUACCCACAACACGGUGUUACCCACACAGUCCUUACUGCCGACCCAGUGUGGGGAUUUGGGAGCUUUUGGCAAAUAAACUUGAACAUUCUUAUGAAAUAUACAGCAAGACUUACACAAUAGCAGCAACUGUCUGUAAAUACCUUCCCUCUCUGCCUGUAAACAGACAUCCAUGCAUGCAUGAACCUGGGCCAAGUCCUUUCUCUGGAGAGAGAUGCAGGGAUACUUGAUUACAUUCAUUUACACACAUUGUUCUAGGUUUGCAUCACACCACAGGUAGAGAAGCUCUGUCUUAUAAGAAUGGAGUUGUGCUGGCUAUCACUGCCCUCUUCAAUGCCUGAGGAGUAUUUAGGAUGGGUAAAACGCAUGGUCCAUCUGCAGUGGGCACCCUACCAACCCAUGGCCUUUGAGCAACUUCUUGCACUUUCUGGUAUGGCUGCAAUGGGCCACCACUUACAUCCUUGCCCUUUGCCUCUGCUAAAUAUGGAGUAGGCUGGUAUUUUUUGCAUAGUGACAACUUUAUUGCCAGAGAAGACUUCAGGUCUAGAUUUGGGAGAGCAAGAUAGAAACCCAGGACUAAUAGGAUUGCGUUAGUUUUUUUUUUUUUUUAAAUUUUUAGUGCAGAAGAACUGAUGCAAGAGCAGCAGGAAAAAGACUAAUUCUCAAAUGACCCAUAUAAGAACCUACAGAAAAGUAAGAGAAGCCUCCAAGUUCUUAUUUUGUUCAUUCUAAAUAAUAUCCUGAAUAACUACUGAUGAGAUUUUUCUAUGUCCAGCCUUACUUCACCUCCCUACCUUCAGACCAAGUAUUCAUUUUUGUAUUUAAAAAAGCCCUUCAGAUUUAAAAAAGCCCUUUCUUGCUGAAAAUACACCCUGCUACAGGAGCAGACCCCGCUGCUUUGCAGUCAGCAUUGGACCUAGAGCAUGCAUAGCGACAGGGCUCCGGUAGCUGUGGAGACAUCCUCAGUCCCUGGGUACCUGUUAGAACAUAAGAGCCAACUGUUAGUCUUGUCAUCACCCCCCCGUGGAGAUGGGGAUGAUGCAGUCAGAAUCUUGCUCCUUCUGGGGCUCUGUUUCUUUUCAUGGCAACCAUUAGCAUUCCUGGAAACGGUCUACUACCUUUGGUAGGAGAGAAAUGCACACACUAGCCAAGGAAGUUGGUGUAGCACAUCUCUGAGGUUUCUCCCCUGUAAAGCGAAUUCUUGGAGAUGUAUGAUUAGAAAGCUGGCACUCAGGUUGCAUAAUACUUCAGGAGAGUAAUUUUCCUUACUAGGAAGUCAACCUUUGGCAUACAGAUCUUUCCAUAAAUCACCUUAACUCUCCCUCUCCCUCUCUCCCCUGGGAAACCUCAGCAUUACAUCUCCACAUUGCACAAAACAGAUCAGAUUAUCUGGUCACUAUAGAGAUUUGUAUAUAGAAAACUACUUUUGUGAGGAUUUUUGUAUAUUGUUUUUCUAUUUGUUUUCUAUGGCUUGAGGGAAGAGCUGGCAAACUGUGAAUCUAAUCUGAUCCUGCUGCCAGCAGAUAUAUUUUGUUUUCCUGGUAAGAAUCUGUGUUACCAGGGACAAAUAUUGCCCUCUGAUCAGUAUUGCACCCCAAAUUCAUAAAUUCCUCCAGUCUAAUCUUACAUUCUCUUUAAAACAAAUCUCUAGGCUUCUUUGCUAUUAUUUAUAAACAUGAGAAAAUGUAUUUAUAGUCCUGAAUAUUACAUGUUUAAUAUUGAUUUAAACUUUAAUAAUGUUAUAGGUUUGUAUCUAUUCUUCAUAAAUCUUUAAGAACUCAGUGCAGACUGAAUCAAUCUAUUUAGUAUCUGUAAUUUUGCAGACAGAUAUUUUCUUAUGGUAUUUUCUAUAUAACCACAUAUGUAGAAUUGUAACUGAUUAGAGCACAAGAAGUUUCUACAGCAGUUUAGAGCUAUCAAUUAUUUCCUGAACAUAAAGCCACAUUUGAAAAAUUUAAGAAUCCUGUCCUCCAUGAUGCAAUGAAAAAAAGACCAUAAAGAAUAAGGAAUCACUUAAAUCCCUUAGCUUGUUAGGAUGUGCAUUUAAACAAUUAGUCUUUUUAACUUGAGGAACGGUGCUGAUUCUCUAUUUUUGACACUAGGCCUUGUUUUUCCAGUUAAGCAUUCUCAAUUUGCAUUUAGCAAAAAGAAGGAAAAUAUAGUGAUAGUAGUGGUAUCACUUCUCUAUCAGAACCUCCCAUGCCUUCCUAAUGAUUUUUGUGAAAAUUGGCUUAGGAGAACUUUGAAUAGCAGAGAUUGAGGGUGAGUGCUAGGAAACAAAUCAGAAUGGAUUUGUUCCAGCUCCUUCUUGCCAAUUGGUAGUAGAUUAUCACAUUGUUAUGUGAAUUGAGCACAUAUUUUUAAGAAAAAGUAGUACUACUACCAGCUAUGAAGCAAUACUCUGUCACUGGGACUGGCAGUGGGGACUUAAAGUCACACUGAAAUUGUUUAGACCCAGCCCAGGUAGAUUCUGUCCUCAGGUGAAUAACAAUCUAUGUAGUUUCCCCAGAAGGCAAACCAAUAGCCACAGCAAAGACAAGAGGGUCUUCCUUCCACCAAACCUUUCUGAUAUGGUUGUACAGCUAGUAUUUUUGCCAUGUUUUUUUAAAAAAUAAUUGCAUAGAAAAUAUACUGGUAUGUAUUUGAACCUGCUUCUCAUUAAGCAAACAUUAGAUAUGCGCUCAACUGGCAAUGACUGUAUUUGUGAUUUUCAAGUACAGAUAGCUGUCAAAGCAUGAAGUUCUUGUGUGUACACAGUAACACUUGGUUCACGCAUGAAGAACAGUGCCUAUGCACUUUGUGUAGCUAUAAUGUAGGUAUCUAUGUGUAAUUUCAGUGAAAUGUUGUAUAGAUGUGUUGUAAUUUAAUUUAAGUGUUAUUUUUGGCUAUUCAUCUAAAUGCAGUAGACAUGUUGAUUGGUGUUUUGGAAACCCUUCUUUUCCAUCUUAGAUACCUGGUAGUGAAUCAUUUAUCCUCUUUCUUAAUGUGAUUUGGGAAUGUAUAUCAGUGGAAAACCUAGAAUUCUUUGUACUGAUGAUUGUUUAAAAGUCUGUGUGUGCCCAACAUCUUUGUAAAUAUGCAAUUCAGAGCAAGAGAGGGUUGGAUGUAUGUCAUCAUGAAAGGCCAUCUGACAUCUGUGUAAUUCAUGGUGAAUGCAACUGUGGAACUUUCAAUUAUUUAGGCUUAGGUAUGUUUAGAAUGAGGACAUUUUUCUGCAAUCUUCCUUUGUUUUGGUGGAUUGGACUCAGAGAAACAAAAGGUUAGUCUGCUUCUGUGCAUGUCAGCAUCAUGACCUUUUUGCCAAGUACAUGAUACUCAAGACUUAAAGGUUCUAAAGAGCCUUGUCUUCUUUCAUUUCUAGAGUCAAGGUACAGGAAAGAUAUUCAUUGACUAACUUCCAUGCAGGCAAAACCUCACAGAAGCACAGUUUUGAUAGUAAAUUGCACAUUUGUCUGUACAGAUAGAGUAUUAGAAGCACAGGAAGGAUCAGUGUACAGCUUUGGGGUUACAGAAAGGCAACUGAUGAAGCAUAUCUCAUAUAUGUGAAGGGAAUGUGGCCUCUACCUAAUAAGCUCUGUGUGCAUGUUUUGAGUGAUUGAAGAUGAGAUUAACUAAUGCAAUUAUACACUUGCCUCCUUAAACACACAUUCUGUCUAAUUAUCACUAAGUGGGACACUGUGGGGUCUAUAGUUCCUAUAACCCCUUUCUCCUGUGCAAGGACAGAGAAGAAUGGCCAUGUGCAUUUGGGAAAGCUGAGUAGCUACUCUCUUUUCACAUGAGAAGUGAAACCUAAGAGAUCCUGUGAGAGCACAAAGCCAUUCAUUUUCAGUGGCUUCUCCAAUUGUUGGAGUGAGGGGAUAUAUAUGGUGGGCAGGCACAUUUUCCCUUGAAGAUGUGCCUUCUUCAAUGCCUGUCAAAUUCAGGGUGGAACUUCCUGAAAAAAACCUAGCCUUUGGGUAGGAUUCUCUUUGAAGAUUCUUGUGUGUCCAGAAUGAAAGAUAAGCAUAAUUGCUUCCCUCACAUUCACAAUCCCCACUGGUCUAAAGUCAUGUAGCAUAGAGCAUCUAUAGCACAUAGUGUUUAAAGACAAAUGAAAUGAAAGAAAGAUAAAAACUUCAAUGAAUUUUGUGGUUGUUUCUUAUAUAUGGUACUAGGAAAUGCCUUUUUGGCAAAGCAUAUUUUGAGUAGUUGAGGUCUUCCCCCCCUCCCUCCACCAUUAGCUUUAUAAGCUUUCUUAUAUUGUGAACUAAUUACUGUAACAUUUCAUGCAUAAAAUAACUGGAUAUUCUUUAUAUACUGGAAAUAAUCUGUGAAUCCAAUAUUUCACUAAGUGUUUUAACAUUUUUGUAUAUAUCUCUCAUCAAUAAAUGUGGAUUCCAAUUUC